AUUUUUCCUUGGACUCUUCCUGGUCCUGUCCCUAUAUACUCCAUUUUACAUAGUGAAUUUUCUUUGUCACGCGCCAAUGAACAAUGCGUGUUUCACGAAGAAGAGCCUGAAUCGGGAGAAGAAACGUCCGAAAUCCAAAUUGAAGCUUCAACGACCAUAAACCCUUUUCGUUGGGUCCCAAGUGGAAACAUCAUCGGCUGUCUUUUUCCAUCAAAAUCCGACUUCCGUUGUCCAUACUAUGGACUUAGAGGCUGGAGCUGCUACAAUAGAUUGCUCUGCUGAAGGCCAGUUAGUUGCAUGUGAGGAUAAUGUGGUUAGGGAGCCAUUUAUUGGAAUGGAGUUUGAGUCAGAAGAUGCUGCCAAGGGAUUUUAUGAUGACUAUGCUAAGCGUGUUGGGUUUAUCAUGCGCAUUGAUCAAUGUCGGCGUUCAGAAGUCGACAAGAGAAUCCUUUCACGGCGACUUUCAUGUAACAAGCAAGGCUAUUACGUGAAAAUGAAAAACCAUUAUGGACCACUUAGAAAAACACGCACUAGCACACGAGAAGGGUGCAAGGCAAUGAUGUUGGUAAAGGUUAACAAGUCUGAUAAGUGGGUAGUGACGAGAUUCGUGAAGGAGCAUACCCAUCCAUUGAUUGCUUCUGGAUGUUCUUCUCGUAAUGCAAUGGAUAAAAAGGACAGGAGGAUCCUAGAACUGUCCGCGGAGUUGGAGCAUCAGGAUAAAUUAUGUGACCUUUACAGAGAGCAGCUAAUUACUUUUUUGGAAAAUGUUGAGCAGCAGAUGGAGCUUUUGUCAAAGAAAAUUGAAGUAGCUGUCAACAAUGUAAAAGAAAUAGAAGCGGAAGUUCAAAAGCCACCCAAUAACCAGUAGCCAUGUGUAAGUAUUUAGAUGUUGGUAUGGUGUUAUCCUUUUGUAGCUUGACAAAACAUUUGAUUACCCUAAUCUGUCAUAUUGGAAAAAUGGAGAACAAGAAGGAGAAACGGGAAAAGACAAGUUUUGCCGGAAUGUUAAGUCACGUUUUGUUCA